UUUAGGGUUCCAUGGGCGACGAGCAUGGGAGGCGCCACAAUGUGCUCAUGGUCUCGGAUUUCUUCUACCCGAAUUUCGGCGGUGUGGAGAGCCACAUAUACUCGCUCUCGCAGUGCCUCUUGCAGCGCGGCCAUAAGGUCGUGGUGGCCACGCAUUGCUACGGCAAGCGCUCCGGCGUGCGCUACCUCACCGGCGGCCUCAAGAUCUACUACAUUCCAUGGCUGCCAUUCCUGAUGCAAAACACUCUCCCCACAUUCUUCCUCACGCUCCCGGUGCUGCGCUCGAUCAUCGUCCGCGAGGCCAUUACCAUCGUCCACGGCCACCAGGCAUUCUCCACGCUGUGUCACGAGGCGAUCCUCCACGCCAGGACCAUGGGCCUCGAGGUGGUGUUCACGGAUCACUCCCUCUAUGGAUUCGCGGACCUGGGCAGCAUCCACAUGAACAAGGCGCUCCAGUUCUCGCUCGCCGACGUCCGCCACGCCAUUUGCGUCUCUCACACCAGCAAGGAGAACACGGUGCUUCGCUCAGGGAUCGCUCCAGAGAAGGUGUUCGUGAUCCCGAAUGCCGUGGACACUGCGAUGUUCCAGCCCCGGCCUCGCGCUGGAUCGAUCAAGCGCAUCGUUGUGGUGGUGGUGAGCAGGCUGGUGUAUCGCAAAGGCGCAGAUUUGCUGGUGGAAGUCAUACCGGAGGUUUGCAAGCUCUUUCCAAACGUGGAUUUUAUAAUCGGUGGAGAUGGUCCCAAGAGAGUUCGUCUCGAGGAGAUGCGUGAGAAGCACUCGCUUCAGGAGCGCGUCGAGAUGCUGGGCUCGGUUCCUCACGCCAUGGUGAGCUCCGUGCUUGUUCGCGGCCAUAUCUUUCUCAACAGCUCCCUCACCGAGGCUUUUUGUAUCGCAAUCCUCGAGGCGGCUAGUUGCGGCUUGCUCACUGUUAGCACCCGCGUCGGUGGAGUCCCAGAGGUUCUUCCACCGGACAUGAUCGUUCUCGCGACACCUGUUCCGGGCGAGAUGGUAAAAGCCAUCGGUCAAGCGAUCGAGCUUCUUCCCAGAAUCGACCCGCAGGAAAUGCACAACCGCAUGACGAGAAUGUAUAGCUGGAUGGACGUAGCCAAGCGAACCGAAGUCGUGUACAACCACGCCGCCGCCACUCCUCGCAGCAACUUGCGGGACCGACUUGCACGGUACUUUAGCUGCGGACCUUGGGCGGGGAAGCUCUUUUGCCUCGUCGUGAUCCUGGACUACAUCGUGCUGCUUUUCCUCGAGUGGUGUCAGCCUCGAGAAGAGAUGGACACCGUACCUUCGCUAAGCGUACUUUAAAGCUUGCGGGGCUAUUUAUACGCGAAGGCUAAUCGGCUCCGGGAUAAUCUCGCAGAGCUGACCUGGUAAAAAAAGAAGAGUGAAAAGGUGGAAGGGCGAAAAAUAUGAGACAGCAUCCAGGCCACACGUAAAUUAAGUCUUGCCCACGGCCGGGAGAGAUGGGCGUUGCGUGGCGCUGGUUAAUAAAAGUAAGCCAAUGUGCUAUUUGCUAUA